GUCUUCCUGAAGAAAGGGACCCCACUACUUCAGUCAGUCAGCACAUGUUCAUCCGACAGGUGUUCCUCUAGAAGAGCAGAAGGUGAUAGAACUUUUCAAAGAUAUAAGAACUAGGGGAAGAUACGACCAUUAGUGUAUAAGUGCCGGGACAAAUAUGAAAUUUUUCCUACCCCUCCUCGCAGGGAUACUAUCGUCCGCAUUUGCAGACACCAAAUGUGGAUAUCCCGGAGCUCCCGCGCAUUCCACCGUCGAAUUUUCCAAGAAGGAUCUCUCAGUCAGCACUAUCGCGACGUACAGAUGCGAAGCUGGCUUCGAGCUGCUCGGCCCUCCAAGAAGGAUCUGUACCGCACAAGGGACCUGGAAACCCGAAGGCAUCCCUUUUUGUGUAAUCAAUGUAGCUGCCGGAAAAGCACCAAUGCAGAUUAGUUCUGAGGAUACUGGUGUACCUCAAAAGGCCAUAGAUGGAAGUACGACUUCAUUUUUCAACGCUGACACUUGCACUUUAACGCGGCCUGAGAGAGUACCAUGGUGGUAUGUCAAUCUGCUUGAACCUUACAUGGUUCAGCUUGUAAGGCUGGACUUUGGAAAGCCCUGUUGUGGUAAAAACAAACCGGCCACCAUCGUUGUGAGGGUGGGCAACAACAGGCCAGAUUUAGCGACGAAUCCGAUUUGCAAUCGUUUCACCGGCUACUUGGAGGAAGGAAAACCGUUGUUCUUACCCUGCAAUCCACCCAUGCCAGGCGCUUUCGUCAGCGUGCAUUUGGAAUCUUCGUCGAACACAAACCAGCUUUCCAUAUGCGAGGCAUUUGUCUAUACGGAUCAAGCACUUCCGAUAGAAAGGUGUCCACAAUUUAGGGACCAACCGCCUGGUAGCACCGCAACUUACAAUGGGAAGUGCUAUAUAUUUUACAACAGACAGCCUCUACCACUGAGAGACGCUUUAAACUUCUGCAGGAGCAGGGGUGGAUCUCUUGUCGAAGAGAGCAAUCCUGCACUACAAGGGUUCAUAAGUUGGGAACUUUGGAGAAGGCACAGGAGUGACUCGAGUAGCCAGUAUUGGAUGGGAGCUGUGAGAGAUCAUAAAGACCGAAACAACUGGAAAUGGAUCAACGGUGAAGAUGUUACUGUUUCAUUUUGGAACCUUCCUGGUGGUGAGGAGGACUGCGCUAGGUAUGACGGAUCCAAAGGAUGGUUGUGGUCAGACACCAACUGUCAUGCCAAAAUUAAUUACAUCUGCCAACACCAGCCUAAAGCUUGUGGAAAACCGGAGCAGCCGCCUAAUUCUACAAUGACGGCUGAAAAUUUCAAUGUAGGAGCUAAAAUCGAGUACACGUGUGAUGAAGGACAUUUGCUUGUAGGGCCGAAUUCGAGAAUAUGUCUUCCAACAGGAUUUUACAAUGAAUUUCCACCAGUUUGUAAACGAAUCCAAUGCGGUUACCCUGCCGAUAUAACAAAUGGUGAUUAUCAGUUAUUAAAUGGCACUGUUGGGUACUUGAGUCAAGUACUUUACAGUUGCAAUGAGGGCUAUAAAAUGACAGGACGAGCCCAGCUGACGUGCGAUCUGGAUGAAAGGUGGGAUGGACCUCCUCCAAGAUGCCAACCUAUACUAUGUGGGGAACCGCCGAUAGUGGCAAACGGUGACAUGUUCUUAUCCAACAACAUUACAAUAGCCGGAACAGUUGUUGAAUACUCUUGCAUAUCAAAGAAAUAUAAACUAGUCGGUCCGAAACAAAUUACAUGCCUUGAUUCCGGAAAUUACGACAAACCGCCUCCAGUGUGCAGAGAGGAGCCAAGAGGUGGAAUACUGUCGAGCCUACUUCCAAACCGUCCGUCUACUACAAGCAGGUCUCCCCCUAGAGAAAAACCAAGACCUUUUACAACAAGACCUUCACCGAAGCCAAUAACACCCGAUGUCGUGCUUGACGAUAACAAACUUAGUGAAACAAAGCACAUCCCACACAUUGUACUAGCGGGUCGCCCUCAAAACUCAGAUAUCACUGAGACCACCAAAAACGACCUCGGGAGAAAUGGUGCCGACAUUCCUGGGCACACCGCUCAAGAAGAGAGAACAACUCUUGGGGCCAAACUUAAUUUAGGUGCAAUUAUUGCUCUUGGAAUAUUUGGGGGCUUUGUCUUCCUUGCUGCUGUCGUCACAACUGUAGUCAUACUGAUCAAAAGGAAUCGUAGUGCCAAACAUUAUCGCCACAGAGGCUCACCGGAUAGUAAUACGGUGGCGUCUUUUGACUCAUCGGGUUCUGAGUCGAGAGGAGGACUGAAUCGGUACUACAGGCAGGCUUGGGAGAACUUACAGCAGUCUGCUGUCAAACCGUCUGCGACUACGGCAAAUGGUAAAGAGACUCCGACAGAGCGGGACGGGAGCGAGCUCGUCGUCAGCGAUGUGUAUAGGCCGCAAGACAAAAAGAGGCAUCAUCACCAUCAACACCACCACCACCAUCAUGGACAUCAACACACCCACGGGCAGCACGACUGGAGGCAACAUAAGAACCACCGUUAUUAAAUACCGUUUAGUGCUGAUUAAAUUCAUUAAUGGCUGCUCACAAAAAUAUGAAAUUAAUCCCAUUUUAAACUGAUGUCUAUAUCUUCAUCAUCAAGCCUGCCUAAUGACACAAAUGUUACCAAAUUCUUAAACAUUCCCAAACUUAUCAAAUAUUAGCAAUAUCGGUUCGAAAUGCGUAUUCCAAAAUGUAUAUAUGCAAAAAGUGAGCAGCAGACUCAGGCUAUAUAACAUGUCAAAAUGAGAUAAAUCUGACUGAUUUUAGAAUUUUUAUUUUUUUUAAGAAUCCCAAUAUUUAUAACUAAAUAUAAAUGUGAUUUAAUAUGAACUAAAUUUUUUGUUAAAACAGAUUUUUUGAACACUUUCAGGGCUCACUUUUUUUUUUUUUUAAGUUAAUAUGAUACACCAUUCCAAGAUAAUAUAUAUGGUUUGUAUAUAUGAAAAAAACAAGAAACUAAAAGUAUAGCCAAAAUUAAAUUCAAUGAAUUCCUUAGCCUGAUUUUAAAUGUUACAUUUUAAAAUUUGGCUGAAGAAAUUCUUGACUGACCUACUAAUUAGUGAAACUUAUGUGUUAUGUUGCACAAUACAAAUGUACCCACCUAUAAAAAAAUAUAUAUAAAAAAUU